GGUGGAAACACAGUUGCUUUCCUAUCUAAAAACGUUUGGAAUUCGUUGCUAUGUCUAUUUGCAGUGAGAAAGGUAUUUAAAAGCGAAUAGAAACGAAAAAAAAAUCGCGACUAAACCGGAAAACCAGGGACUCGAUCGACGUGUAGGAGUAAGAUCGACGUCAAACAGUCAAAUAUGGGCUGGACUUUGAACGGCUUAGCAGCCGCUCGCUUGAUUGUUACGUUACUCAACAUUGCGAAAAUUGCGAAGUAAUUUAGUGAAGUUCUCUAACACUCAGUUCAGAGGAGGAAAGGGAGACUUCACGUCGGUAUUUCUGCAAUAAUGCUACGUUGUGGAUGCCGUAGUUUGUCCCAGGGUCUUUCUUACUUACCUAAAACAAGAACAAGCCAAAGUUUUCUGGAUGUCAGUCGGGUGACAGUCCUAAGUUCAAAAUAUGGAAGGAGUGAAUAUGCUACAGAUGUCAAGGCUGCUCAGUCAAAGUCAUUCGUUAUGGGUUUAUUUAAAGGUCAACUUGAUGUACAGCAGGUGUUUCCAUUUCCAGAAGUUCUUGACUCUGAACAAGAAAGCACAUUGAAAGCUUAUGUUGAUCCUGUGUCCAAGUUUUUUGAGGAGAGCAAUGACCCAGCAAAGAAUGAUGAGAUUGAAAAAGUGGCUGAUGACACUUUUGAAGGCCUGAGAGAGAUGGGUGCCUUUGGACUUCAGAUAUCCACAGAUUUGGGAGGCCUUGGACUUACCAACACACAGUAUGCCCGCCUAGUUGAGAUUGUUGGUUCCCAUGACCUGGCUGUUGGAAUUACCCUUGGAGCUCAUCAGUCCAUUGGAUUUAAGGGAAUUCUACUCUAUGGAAACAAGGAACAAAAAGAAAAGUACUUGCCCUCACUUGCAACUGCUGAUAAAGUGGCAGCAUUUUGUUUAACUGAACCAAGCAGUGGAUCAGAUGCAGGGUCUAUCAGAACACAGGCAGAGCUGAGUAAAGAUGGAAAACAUUUCAUCCUCAAUGGAGGCAAGAUAUGGAUAAGUAAUGGGGGCUUAGCAGAAAUAUUCACUGUCUUUGCCAAGACACCAAUGAAAGAUCCAAAGACUGGUGAAAUGAAAGACAAAGUGACAGCAUUUAUUGUAGAGAGAGGCUUUGGAGGGGUGUCAAGUGGUCCACCAGAGAAAAAAAUGGGUAUCAAGGCUUCUAAUACUGCUGAGGUUUAUUUUGACAAUGUCAAAGUACCAAUGGAAAAUGUACUAGGAAAUGUUGGUGAUGGGUUCAAGGUUGCUAUGCACAUUCUUAACAAUGGAAGAUUUGGAAUGGCUGCUGCUUUGUCAGGCACCAUGAAGGGACUUAUCAUGAAAGCGGCUGAUCAUGCUGGGAGCAGAGUCCAAUUUGGAAGUAAAUUGGAGAAGUUUGGAGUUAUCCAGGAGAAGCUUGCCCGGAUGGCCAUGUGCCAGUAUGUUACUGAGUCAAUGGCGUACAUGUUGAGUGCUAACAUGGAUCAAGGGGCAACAGACUUUCAACUGGAGGCCGCCAUCAGUAAAGUUUAUGCAUCGGAAGCAGCAUGGUUCGUGGCAGAUGAGUGCAUUCAGAUUCUUGGGGGAAUGGGUUACAUGAAGGAUUGUGGAGCUGAACGUGUCAUGCGUGACCUUAGAAUUUUCAGAAUAUUCGAAGGUACCAAUGACAUUUUGAGGUUGUUUGUCUCCUUGACUGGCCUUCAGGACGCUGGAAAAUACCUCCGGGAACUUCAGAAGUCCUUGACCAAUCCAGCGAAUGUUGGACUGAUUUUAUCCGAGGGAGUGAAGAGAACAAGAAGGGCUGUUGGGUUGAAGUCAGGACCUUCUUUAAUUGAACACGUUCACGCGGAUCUGGCACCUUCUGCCAAGCUGGUGAGUAGACUCGUAGAGAUCAUAUCGGUAAAAAAUACUUUUGUUUAUAUUACUGCAGAUGAGCAGUUCUUACUUAGAAGACUUGCUGAUGCUGCCAUUGAUAUUUAUGGUAUGGCAGCGGUGCUUUCCAGGGCAUCCCGAUCCCUUAACAAUAAAUUUGACUCUGCGCAACACGAGGCUAUGAUAACAACCGUUUACUGCGACGAGGCUUUUGACAGAAUAAGACAAAAUCUGGGCUCCUUACAUGACUCCAAUAAACUCUCAAACGACACCAAAAUGUCAAGAAUAGCAAUGGAUGUCAUCAAGAAUCUGAACACAGUUCCCAAUCAUCCCCUGGGGUUCUAAUAAUCCCAGGGAUAAUUUAACUGGAAUAGCACGUGGUAUACGUUUGGAUGAUGAUCUUCCUCUUAAUGGGCUGUGAUCGUGAACAAAAUGUCUUUGGAAAUGAUUUGCUAUCGCUGAGCAUGGACUCUGGAUAAUGUCACGUAAAUCUGCCGAUAACUGUCUCGCAAUUCUCUGAUAAUUGUUCAUCGAAACAACGUUGUCACGCGUCAUUUUUUAUGCAUAAACAGCAAGUUGGACUCUAUCGCUUCUGUAAACGCUUCAAGACGCGUGUACUUCCCCUAGAAAUUUAAAUGCGUAAAUUGUAGUGUAAUUCCCAGAGAGAUUUCCUCCUGCAAAAUGACAGUCAAAGCUUGAGAAGAUAUGAGUAGAAGGAAACUAAUUUUUGUUCAAGUGGUGACAGCAAACUGAAACGAGCAGGAAGAGGAAUAUAAGCCAAAAAAAUCCACGUCACCUUUCAUAGACGUAAGAUGAAGUAAAUAUUAUCUGGUCUCAGAGUAAUUAUAGGAAUGUAACGGCACACCUUUUUGACGUUAUUUAUCUGGCUGGUCCGUGUAAUAAAGUAUGUGUAGACUUGUAACCUUA